AUGGUAGUCAUCAAGCGUCAUGCUUGCCAGGAGGAUGGCCCGUCCACUCAUCAAGAUCUGUCUAUCGACGACAGAGAUAUGCAACGCAUGGCGCUCCCCUCAGAGCUUCGCCUUGCUUCUGUGAUUGGUUUUGCGUGUAUAUCCGGUGCAACCUGGGAAUGGGCGCUUGUUCAGGGCGGCCUUACAAACGGUGGCUCUGGAGGAUGGUUCGCGGCAAUCGGUUGGCAGGGCGCUGCUGCUAGCAACCCUCUUGUCCUUGCUCAACAUGUUGAAGCCCUCGUCGCCUUGAACGAUCCGACGUUUGAAAUCAAAGGCUGGAUGACGAGUCUUCUCAUGAUUGCUUGUGCUGCUCUCGCAACCUGCGUCAACAUUUACGGCAUCCGGUUUUUGUCGUCUCUAGAGGCGGUUAUGCUGGCACUGCAUGUCGUGGGUUUCUUCGCAGUCCUCAUCCCAUUGUGGCUCAUGGGUGAGCGAAGCAGUACUCAUGAUGUCUUCUUCACGUUUGAAGAUAACGCUGGAUGGGGAAGCGUCGGCACUGCUUGCCUUGUAGGUCUCCUUGGGCCCAUCAUGACCCUCAUCGGAGGUGACUCGACAGUCCACCUCGGUGAGGAGAUUCAAGAUGCCUCGCGAACGUUGCCUCUGUCAAUGGUGUUCACGUCUUUGAUGAACUACGCCGUUGGCUUCAUCAUGACCAUCACUGUCAUGUACGUCUCCUCGACGUUUGAUCAGACGAUUGCCGAUGCCACUGGCGAGUCUUAUGUGGCGGUGAUCUAUGCUGCUACCGGAUCGAAGACGGCGACGACGAUUCUUACCGUGCUCAUCUUGAUUUUGUUCUUCUGCACAGCCAUCAACACAGUCACAACUUCACCGCGUCAGCUGUUUGCGUUCGCCAGAGAUGGCGGUCUGCCUUUCUCGAAUGCUCUGGCAAAGGUUGAUCCCAGGACUGGAUUGCCAAUCAACGCGCUUCUUACAACGUUCGGUGUUACCUUCGUACUGUCCUGGAUCAUUUGUGGGUCGAGCAUCGCUUUCCAGAACAUAACCUCGAUCACUAUUGUCGGGCUCUUACUUUCUUAUGGCACAACUAUCGCAACCAUGAUUUACCGACGCUGGAGCGGUGUUCCGCUACCUGCAGCUCGAUGGAGGUACCCGCAAGCUUUUGGCUACCUUGUCAAUGUGUUGGCGCUAUGUUUUGUCACAAUCGCGUUCAUUUUUGCAUACUUCCCAACUGCACCAGGUCCUUCUGCAGAGUCGAUGAACUGGAGUGUGGUCGUCACCCUGGCAGUUGUGGUCGUUGCAACAGUGUACUAUUACGUCCGCGGAUCAAGCACCUUCGACGGACCGGCCAUCAGGAUGAAGAAAGCUGAGGAUGACAGCAUGAUCGCCAUGGAGAAUAUCAUGAUUCACGGCAAACAAUGA